GUAGCUGGCACUAGGGCAGUGGGCAGUGUGUAUUACUGUAGUAGUGUCUCGCUGUGGGGUCCUUGUACUAACUUACGGGGGGUUUGAGGCUUUGAGUUGAGGGUUUGUGCGAGCGGUGGGGAUCACUACAUGGAUGAAAGAGGAUCACCGGCACAGUGUGUUGAUCAGCGGCUGUGGACUCGACUUUACUUUGACCGCCAAGUACUAAUUACCUAGAACCCGACUACCUACACUGCUGACUCAGAGGUUCUCCAGCACAGGACAGGACAGGACAGGAGAGGCCCGAGUAUGGUAUGUUAAUCAUGGAGAGUACGGUAUACGGUCACGGUAUAGGAGUCAGUGAUCAUGAUAUGCGAGAUUAUCAUGGGCCCCGCCGUAAUAGCCACGGCUAGAACUCCCUCACAGUCACUGUCGAUGCACUCGCCUGUUGUUGUUGUUAUUGACUCUACUACUUCUUACCACUCACUCUGUGUGACGUGGAGGAUCCCAGUUGGGGGUUGCUGCAAGGUGCCACGGACACGGAUUCUUGGGGAUGCAUGCUCACGUGCGGCUGAUUCAUGCACGUCUCUGCGUUUCAAUAGUACACACACACUAUCAUCAGUACGCUAUGUGUGUGUGUGUUCCAGAUGUCCAUUUCUUACUCGUAUCUCGUCAGACCUUUGGCUUUUGUUUAGUGUGAUCCACAGUCGUGUGUGGCUCACACACACACAUACACACAUACACACAUACACAUGUGAAUAUGCCUCCUGCGCCUUAUGCUAUCUGCGAUCCACACGAUUCCACGCAUACAUGAACGGAGACUUUAUACAUCUCCUCCUGAUUGACAACAGCAACAACAACAACAACGACUACCACCGCCUCCAGACUCCAACCAACACAGUCAAUGGCACGCACGCUGAUAUGAAAAGCUACGGGAGCAAGUUGAAGUGCCCCGUAGAAUGAACGCUACGUGUUGAGGCUGUCGGGGGGAGCCAAGGCCUUGGUUGUAAAGACAGCGGACCUCGCGACAAGACCCUCAACACGAGCGAAAUGACACACCAGAACCUUUGAUGUUGAGAUCGCAGCUCCAAUGGCCUCCCGCACUAUGACACGAUGAC